CCCGGAAAUUACAUUGACGGCUAGCAAAUAUUGUGUGCUGUGUAAGAGGAUCAAACGGGAGAUCACAGGAUGGAUCCUGUUGGGAAUCCCUCCACUGGGCAAGUCCUGCUGUUGGCCACCAGCUCAGCCCUAACGGCUUUCUUUUACUCUGUGUACAAGAGCAGGGCAACAAUAGUUGCUAGGCUAAAGGAUGCCAAAAAGGUGACUAUUGAUCAAGAUCUAAAUAACAUCUUGUCUGAAGCACCGGGGAAGUGUGUCCAAUAUGCUGUGAUUGAAGGUGUGGUGAAAUCAGUAAAAGAGACAUUAAACAGCCAGUUUGUGGACAAUUGCAAAGGUGUUAUAGAGAGAUUGACCCUGAAGGAGAAGAAAAUGGUAUGGAAUCGCACCACCCAUCUCUGGAAUGACACAGAGAAGGUGAUCCACCAGCGCACCAACACCGUGCCAUUUGACCUUGCAUCCACCAAUGAGGCCGUGACCACUACAGUGCGUGUCAUGCGUCCACUCGACUCAGCAGAGUUGGACCUGGAAACCACCUACGAGAACUUCCACCCGACCGUGCAGUCCUUCACCAACGUCAUCGGCCACUUCAUCAGCGGGGAGCGGCCCAAGGGCAUCCACGAGAUGGAGGAGAUGCUGCGCCUGGGGGAGAACGUGACAGGGGUGGGGGAGCUGGUUCUGGACAACCACCUGGUGAAGCUCCAGCCCCCCAAGCAGGGCUUCCGCUACUUCCUGAGUCGGCUGGACUACGAAGGCCUGCUGAAGAAGCAGGAGAGCAGCGUGAGGGUGUGGAGGUUCCUCACCGUGGUGUUCGGGGUGGCCGCCUGCACCACGCUGCUGCUGAUGCUGUGGAAGCAGUACGUGCAGCGCAGGCGGAGGGGGAAGGAGAGGAGCGUGCUGGACGAGUUCAAGGAGCAGCAGAGAGCUCGCAUGCAGGAGCUGAAUGUGGAGGAGGACACAGUCUCUUCCAGCGCCUGCGCCGUGUGCCUGAGCCGCGAGCGCUCCUGUGUGUUCCUGGAAUGUGGACAUGUGUGUGCCUGUUUUCAGUGCUACCAGGCCCUGGCAGACCCAAAGAAGUGUCCCAUCUGCAGGGCGACUAUAGACAGGGUGGUGCCUCUCUAUAACAGCUAAACGGACAAUCGGUAUCAGUGAAUUUACGAUGCGUUUAAAAUGCACUGUGCUCAGCGCCUUAAUAAGUUGGUUUCUGUAUUUUGUUUUGUACAAAGAGCUAAAAUGGUCAUCACCGAAUUAUUCUUUUUCAUACCAAGGUCUUAUUAAAUGAACAUGAAAAUGAAGCAAAUAAACCAAUAAUUCGCCAGAAAAAAAGCUUUUUACAGCACUUAUAAGGGUUGGAAAGUGUUGGUAAUUUAAUGGAAGAUUUUGUUAUCAGUGUAUAGUGAUGGUUGGUCUGUGGAACAUUUAAUAAA